GCUGAAAGAGCUGAAAUCCAAUGAAUGAAAGGGGCGGGGCCAGGGCCAGUCAGGCCGGGGAGGAAAGCGCUAGAUGAUGCUGGAUUCCAGGGGAGGAGUCAGUACACCUGUGCAAGACUGAAGGGGAGGAGCCGGUACACCUGUGCAAGACUGAAGGGGAGGAGCAGGUACACCUGUGCAAGACUGAAGGGGAGGAGCCGGUACGCCUGUGCAAGACUGAAGGGGAGGAGCCGGUACACCUGUGCAAGACUGAAGGGGAGGUGCCGGUACACCUGUGCAAGACUGAAGGGGAGGAGCCCGUACACCUGUGCAAGACUGAAGGGGAGGAGCCGGUACACCUGUGCAAGACUGAAGGGGAGGAGCCGGUACACAUGUGCAAGAGUGAAGGGGAGGAGCCGGUACACCUGUGCAAGACUGAAGGGGAGGAGCCGGUACACCUGUGCCAGACUGAAGGGGAGG